GCGCCGUUUCUCUUCAGUCUCUUGGAGGAAUACACAAUGGAGAGGUCUGUCAGUUUUGCUGCUUUGUGGACGGGCUUGUGUUUGCUGCUGAGCGGUAUGGAUUUGUCCUUGGCCGCGCAGGGCUACCAGGCUACGGUUGUUUGUGGUGAUCGAUACAUGGAUUUGCGAGUCUCUGCGGUACAGUCUGCCAGAUUGUCUGUGAGAUUCCAAGUCCCAGAUCAAACAAACCAGAUGGUCGAUGUCUCGGUCCUCUAUUCCUGUGGUUAUUCUGCCUUCAGUGAUUUGGAUGGGUCUGCAGUCUUGCGGGUAAUGCGCACUGCCUGCUAUAUCCAGGUUGUGGGCGGGUACCACGUUCAGAAUGUUGACGUUACUGGGGUAACCGUGCAAGGAAGCGUUAUCAAAGACCGCAUUAUCAUGAGGUGCAUGGCUCCAGGUAGUAAUCCCAGAGACUGCCAGGUUGCUGAGAACGAGAAGCUUUCCUGUGGUGAUGGUUUCGUUAAUGAAACUGCUUGUACAGAGACCGGUUGCUGCUUUGAUAGGAAUGCACCGGUAGCCUGCUAUUACUCAAACAGCGUGACUGUCCAGUGCACCAGAGAUGGCCAGGUUGUGGUUGUGGUGUCCAGGAAUGCUACCAGACCCCAGCUGAGUCUGGGUUCAGUCAGCAUGCUCGGGGGUAGAAAUCCGCCAUGCAACCCUGUCCGCACCUCCUCUGCCUUCACAAUGUUCAAAUUCCCAGUCAGUGCCUGUGGCACCACUAUGAAGCGUCGCGGCUCAGACGUGGUGUAUGAAAACAUCAUGUCUGCCUUUAUUGAUGUGAGGACUGGACCCGGGGGCUCCAUCACAAGGGACAGCACUUACAAGCUGCUGUUGCAGUGCCAGUAUGCAGGGAACAAGUCUGUUCCUCUGCAGGCUGUGGUCUACACCAUUGCACCUCCCCCUCCAGUAGUGGCACAAGGACCGCUCCGUGUGGAACUCCGGAUUGCAAGAGAACAAUCUUAUGGUUCCUACUACACCUCUCUUGACUAUCCCGUCACCUAUGUCCUCCGGGAGCCUGUGUACGUUGAGGUUCGCAUCUUGGAGAGGACGGACACCAACAUCGUCCUGACUCUGGAUGACUGCUGGGCUACCUCCACCCCCAGCCCUCUCGGCAAGCCCCAGUGGAACCUUCUGGUUGAUGGGUGCCCAUACAGAGAUGACAACUACCUGACCAGCUUGGUUCCUGUUGAUGCUGCCACCUCCAGACUGCCAAACCCAACGCACUACAAGCGGUUUGUGCUCAAGAUGUUCACCUUUGUGGAUCCUGUCUCGCGACGAGCCUUGAAGGAAAUGGUCUACAUACACUGUAGUGCAGCUGUGUGCUAUCCUUCUUUGGGGUCCUGUGAUGCCACCUGCACUAAACCAAGGAACGUCCGAGAUGCACCCCUGCAGACGGUGAGAAAGGAAGCUGCUCCUUCCAAGCAGACUGCAGUGGCUUCCAGUGGAGCCGUGAUCCUGACUGCUCCAGAUGCCCGUGCUUUAGAGAGCUGGGAUUUUGAAAGCGAAGUUCCUCAGUCCCUCGGUUAUGGUUUGAUGGGAGUCGCAGCCUCCGUUGUGCUUGUGGUCUUCGUUCUGGUGCCGGUAGCUGUAUGGAGACUGAAACCUCGGGUGGAAGAAACAAAACUGUGAAUGAAGCUUAUUGUGUUUAAUAAAACAUAAAACGUC